AUGUCUUCUCUAGUGCAAUCCGGCAAGGCAUGCUUUGCAGCUAACGCCGGGGCGCCAUGUGUUAUUCUGCAGACUACGGGUCCCUCGAUUCCACCAGACCUGGCGCGCCGUCCUGAGAACGCAGCACACGAGACGAGCAAGAAAAUGGAGCCGCCGCACCAUUCCCCGCUGGCCGCCGAGGCCCAUCCACCGUCUCAACAGCCACAACCGCCUCUCUCAUCCCUCUCCUCGUCCUCCUCUCCGUCCUCCGACCACAAGCGAGCGCCCUCGUCCUCCGGCGCCGGCUCGGGCCUCCUCUCGCGCUUCCCGUUCAUGCGCUCCAAUCCCGACUCCCACAGAUCUCAUAACCACAGCAGCAGCAGCCGCCACGACGGCGACGACGAGCCCUCCAUGAAGGCCGCGCCAGGCUCCCUGGCCACGGCCAUGCAGCAACAGCAGCAGAAGACGCGUCGCCGGCGGGGUUCCCUUCGCAAAGUCGCCCUUCUCGGCCGUGGCGCGGCCCGGGAGAGGCGCGACUCCAAGUCCUCAGACGCCAAAAAGGUCGACAUGGCACAGAUAGACGGGUCCCCGCCGACUUCUGUCCCGGCCGCCGCCCUCGCCGACAUUGACACCCUGGGCCUUGGCAUCUCCGACAUCACACCCCGCCCGUCCAUGGACGGCUACGCGAGCCGGAGCAGCAGCAGCGCGCCGUCUCUGCCCCCGCCGCUCGUCGUGCAGCCUCUCGGCAGCUCCACCACGUCAGAAGGGUCCGACCUGCCGGCCACGAGCCCCACGAUAUCGUACUCGACGACGGAUGAGGAAGAUGCGCUACACAUGGGCGGCGCCCCGCAGUCCGAGCAGGACCAGCCGCGGCCGGGCCUGUUGUCCUCGGGCUCCGAGUCCUAUUUCGGCAACGGAGGGGCCGCCGCGGGCCGCGUGCCGCUGCAGCGCCGGCGGUCCGACCAGCGCGCCAAGUCGCCCCUCUCGCUCUCCAAUCUCGCGACCCCGAUGCCCGCCGGCUCGGACGGCGACUGGGACUACUCCGAGACGGAGUGGUGGGGGUGGGUGGUGCUCGUGGUGACAUGGCUCGUCUUCGUCGUGGGCAUGGGCAGCUGCUUCGGCGUCUGGAGCUGGGCUUGGGACGUCGGCACAACGCCGUAUGCACCACCGGAGCUCGAGGACGACCCGACACUGCCCAUCGUGGGCUACUACCCGGCCCUGAUCAUCCUGACGUGCGUGAUGGCCUGGGUGUGGGUAGUGAUUGCAUGGAUAGGAAUGAAGUACUUCCGUCACGCGAGGAUGAGCGGGGACUAG